AUGCCAGACCGGAUCUCACGUCUGAAGGCAAAAUUGCUAGGACGAUUAUCUCCAAAAGCGGAUGCGGACCCGAGUGCCCACCCCAAAUCCCACCCCUCCUCUGGUCCGCUCUUCGUCUCCAACAAAUCCCCAGCUUAUAGUAUCGUCUCGGCUCCAGCUCAUUCGGUGGAAGAGAUCCGUUGUCCUCGCGACCGUCAGGUAGAGGAGCCCCCAUCUCCACAGAACAACCGAGCGCCAGAUUCCUCUGUCUCUGCACCUUCAUCAGAGCGGCCUCACACAGGGACACGCAAUUGCACACCGUUGACCGAGCCAUAUAAUUCGUCGCUGCCUACUCCUAUCUCGGGCGACGUUCCGUCUCCUCUUGAAGCCCCUUCAUUGCCGACUCCCCAGCAUUCCGACAAUACUUCCCUCCACUCCACCCACGUGAAAGCCCAAGCCCCGGUCCCCGUCGAGACCCCAUUGACUCCGAUCCUGAACACUGUGAUAGAGUGGCCUCCGAAUGAUCGCCGACCGUCCGCUUCCUAUUUUACUUCCUCCUCGAGCAAGCGCCCCAGUCUUGCGAUCCGUCGGCAAUCUCUCCUGCCCGCGACGCACCAACACUUGAUUACUGGGUUAUUGGAAGGGAAUCUUUUCUCUUCACUGGAAGAGCACGGUGAUAGCUUCGAACCCAUUCCUCGCGAGAUGGUUACACGUCGAGUUUGGGUCAAGCGACCCGGUGGCUCGGCGACCUUGGUGCCCUGCAGGGAGGAUGCAGUGGUCGAUGAGCUUCGCGACCAGGUAAUCAUGAAAUACGUGAAUUCAUUAGGGAGAACCUUUGACUCGCCGGAUAUCGUCAUCCGGAUUACGCCACGAGAUACCUCAAGCCGACAAGGACACCCUGAGCGCCUGCUGAGCCCGGAGGAAGUCCUAUCAUCUAUACUCGAUUCAUACUACCCCGGCGGACAAAAAAUAGAAGAAGCAUUGGUGAUCGAUGCGCCGGCCCGCCGAACUCCGAAGCCAUCGCCGCGCCAUUCGAUCUAUCAACACCACCACUCGGAGCCCGGCGAGCAUGGAGAUUACUUCCCGCUCAUGCCUCCGGUGAACGCGAAAGCAGGCACACCAUCUGCACAUCCGUCGGGGCCACCGGCAACGGUUAGUGCGCCGUCAAUCUCCAUAAUCAACACUGGCAUUGCUCCUCUGUUGCCAUCGCCCGGAAGCCGUAGGACACGACAUCAACAGCGACCGCCGUUGGUGCGAAACAAAACAAAUUCACCCACAAUUCAUGGUCAUCCCCCGGGCAUAAUAGAACCCGGGCCUACUCCUCAUUCCCAGCCUCUGACCACCACCUCGGUUCCGGCAAUCCCAACACCUCCUGCUGCAGCACCGCCAGUGGAAUCCCCGCAGGUCAAAACACACACUCCACCAGCAGCUGCAUCACCACGCGCACUCCGGAAAUCCAAGGCCGCGACUUCUCCUGGUGCAAUGUUUGGCGGAUUGAUUGAUGGCACCGUUCCCCCAAUCAAUGUUCUCAUUGUGGAAGACAAUAUCAUCAAUCAAAAACUUUUGGAGGCUUUCAUGAAAAGAUUGAAAGUUCGUUGGAAAUGUGCAGCGAAUGGUGAAGAGGCAGUACGGAAAUGGCGACAAGGUGGAUUUCAUUUGGUUCUAAUGGAUAUCCAGCUUCCAGUGAUGAACGGUCUGGAGGCUACCAAGGAGAUUCGGCGUCUUGAGCGGUUGAAUGGUAUUGGUGUCUUUCCCAAAACAGCAUCUGGGCGUUUCAGUGCGUCCAACACACCCGGCGCAGACAGACGACCUGGGCUUCAUCGGACGGUUAGCGCAGAGGAUACUUUGCCAGAUCUCUCGCUGUUCCGAAGUCCGGUCAUUAUCGUCGCGUUGACAGCUAGCAGUUUGCAAAGUGACCGACACGAGGCUUUGGCUGCUGGCUGCAACGACUUCUUGACCAAGCCUGUCGGAUUCCCCUGGCUUGAGCAGAAAGUAACCGAAUGGGGCUGUAUGCAAGCUCUGAUUGACUUUGAAGGCUGGCGCAAAUGGCGUGGGUUUGUGGACUCUCCUCGCCCUGCCUCUCCAGCCUUCGACACAUCAGCCAGCCCGAUGCAGGGUGGCCAUCGCACAGAACCACCGCAGGAGGAUCCUUCAUCGCCCUCAAGCUCUCGCGUGGCUGCCAGGAAAUCAGUCCAAUCCAAUUCUAAACCAAGCGCCCCAGACGCCGCUCAGAUCAUGCGGGAAGAUUCGUGGGGUAGCGGUAGCCCCGAUACUAUAGACACGCCUCUAACAUCGAGAGAUGCGCCCCUCACGAGUGAUGCGAGCGUUUCUCCCGUGAACGAAGAAUGA